UUAGAUGCCCAACAUUCAUGAAAGCCAACAGAGAAAUGAGGCGCCUCUUCGUUGGUGGACUUGGACACGGCAUUUCAGAGACAGACCUACAAAAUCAGUUCAGCAGGUUUGGAGACGUUUCUGAUGUGGAGAUCAUCACUCGGAAAGAUGACCAAGGAAAUUUACAGAAAGUCUUUGCCUAUAUUAACAUCAAAAUAACAGAAGCGGACCUGAAAAAAUGUAUGUCUAUUUUAAACAAAACAAAAUGGAAAGGUGGAACACUGCAAAUUCAGCUAGCAAAAGAAAGCUUUUUACACAGAUUAGCCCAAGAAAGAGAAGAAGCAAAAGCAAAGAAAGAAAAUUCAACAAAGAAAGAAAAUUCAACCCCUGACAACACCGCCUUAUUGGAAAAGAUAGGAGGAACAGACUUCCAUAUGAAAGCUGUGCCUGGAACAGAGGUCCCAGGACAUAAAAAUUGGGUUGUGAGUAAAUUUGGGAGAGUCUUACCUGUUCUUCACCUUAAGAAUCGACAUAAACAUAAAAUAUCCUUUGGUCACAACAUUAUGAAAUAUGAUCCAUCAAAAUACUGCCAUAACCUAAAAAAGAUAGCAGAGAAUUUGACAGAACCCAUUCCCGUAGCUGACCUCACUUGGGAGUUGGAAGGCGGAAAUGACCCUAUGAGUAAGAAACGUCGAGGAGAGUUUUCUGACUUUCAAUUGCCCCCUCAGAAGAUCAAGAAAGUACAGAACAGCAAGGAUCCCAAGGAGCCCAGGGUUUCUGAUAUUAGUCUAAGGACUAAUCAGGUGGAGAGUAACAGGUCAGCACGGCCUGUGACUGCACAUAGGACAGCGGCUUGUACUGUUACUCCUACACCACGCCUUGUGUCCAGUUCUGGUACUCAGAAACCUAAACACGUGGUUUUUCAUACUACUGACUUAGAAAAUAUCCGGAAUAAAAGUAGCAUGUCUGAUGAUGACAUUGACUCAGAAGAUGAAUUAAAGAUGAUGAUUGCACAAGAGGAAAACGUACAGAAAACUAGGUGUUCCUCAGUAAAUGAAUGUGAAAAUGAUCCUUUCGAAGUUGUAAGGAAUGAUUUCAAGGCAGAUGUUCUCAAACUUCAUUGUUCAGCCAGUUUAGCAAAUGACUGUGAAUAUGACUCCAGCGAUACAGAUGAAAUUAUUGCAAUGAAAAAAAACACUGGUAAGGCAAAAAACAGUACAGAAUUUUUACCACCAGAAAAGCCUAUAAGCAAGAAAAGUUCUAAAAAUACAGCAUCUUCUAAUGAUUGUAUUACAGUAGAAAAAACUACAAUCAACAGUGAAUCAGCCCCAUGCCAUGGAGUAAAGCUUCUGAAUCACGUUCUUCCACCUGACUCCAGUGACAGGGACAGUGAAGAGGCUGAGGAAGAUGAAGAAUAUAAAGCCUUGAUGGAAAACUGUCCCCGUGUGAGCCUCACUCUGGCUGACUUGGAGCAGCUGGCUGGCAGUCAUCAGAAGGUUCCAUGGAAGGACAAUGAGAACGAUGGCCCACAGAGUGCCAGUCACUGCAAAUCCAAGAGUCCCAGGACUUCUGAUGGUCUGAACAAUGGCCGACAGUGCAUUCUUCCUGAGGAGAUUGUGGCCUCCCUUUUAGAGGAAGAGAACACUUGCAGCAAACAACCAGAGGAAACCACCUUAAAGCCCAAAUUCCAGGCCUUCACAGGAAUAGGCUGUCUCUACGCAAAGGACUCAGAGGACCAAACUUUGAAAGAGACUGUUGCUGUCAGCACUGUCAGUGAACAUCAGAGUUCCUUGAAACACAAAGUUCCUAAUGGAAUCUUUAUAGACAACGGAUCCAGGUGUGCUAAUGGCUCGUCAAGUAAACUGACUUCAUGCCAACCUGCAAAGAAUGUGAACAGCCUAAACCACACUCAGGCUCCAACAAGACAGUAUACUUUUGAGAGCCAGAACCAUAAAGUAAUGUCUUCUAGUUUUGACAAGGGAAGUAAAAAUUCUCUGUCCAGUCCAUUGCCAUUAAAAGCUAAAAAGUCCCUAAGUCUUAGUGCAAAGAGUCACAAGAUAGACUCUGAUGGAGACAUUUGCCAUCGUCCUGAAAGUAGAAAAGCUUCAGAGGAAGAGGGGACUGAUUUAAACAGCCUCACAUCUCUUGAGAAACCAGCAAAGGCAUCUCCAAAGGAAGGCCCCAGGAAAAGCACAGCUGGCUUCUCACCUUCUGCUGGUAACGCAUCGUGUAUGAAUGCUAAGGAUAAACAUGCUGAGGACAAUCAGAAACGAUUGGCAGCCUUGGCAGUGUGGCAGAAAGCGAGGGAAGUGCAGAAAAAACUGGUGCAGAAUGCAUUGGCAAAUUUGGAUGGUCAUCCAGAAGACAAAAAAACGCACAUUGUCUUUGCUUCUGAUGAUGAGAGUGAAAUGGAAGAGACACCCACUCGUGAGCAAAGCAGCCCAGGAAAGGAGCUGGUGAAAGAGUCUGUGAGCAAAUCAUCUGGGAAGCUGUUUGACAGCAGUGAUGAUGAAGACUCUGAUUCCAAGGAGGACAGCACCAGGUUCAGCAUUAAGCCUCAAUUUGAGGGCAGAGCUGGCCAGAAGCUCAUGGAUUUGCAGUCUCAUUUUGGAAGUGAUGAGAGGUUCCGCAUGGACUCUAGAUUUUUAGAGAGUGACAGUGAAGAGGAACAAGAAGAGUUAAAUGAAAAUGAAAUGACUGAAGAUGAGCUUGUUGCAGAAAAAAAGAAAACCCUGAAUGUUGUGCAAAGUGUUUUGAAAAUCAACUUGAACAACCCGACAAACAAAGGAUCAGUAGCUGCUAAGAAAUUUAAGGACAUCAUACAUUAUGAUCCAACAAAGCAUGACCAUGCCAUUUAUGAAAGAAAACAAGAAGAAAAAGAAAAAGAAAGUAAAGCAAAACGGAAGAAGAAAAGGGAAGAAGCCGAGAAGCUGCCUGAGGUAUCCCAAGACAUGUAUUAUAACAUUGCUGCAGAUUUGAAAGAAAUAUUCCAAAGUGGGAAAAACACAGAGGAAAAGGAAGAAGAGCUGCCCUGGGAUGAGGGUUGCGGGAGAGAGGAAACUGGGGGCGUCCGUAAUGCUGCAGCACUGGCACAGGAGGCACAGCAGGCUGGUGGCUUCACGUUUUCAUUUUUUGAUUCAGACACUAAGGAUGUAAAGGAAGACACCUAUAGAAUUGAACCAGUGAAACGUGGGAAGAUUGUCUGUCAGGAAGAUCCCCGACUCCAGGGUAGUAGUUCAGAAGAAGAAGAGGAUGCUACUGAGGAAGCAGACCAUAGGAAGCCCAGCCUGGGAGAAGCAUUUCCUGAGAAAGAAACCACUAGAUUUUUCUUUUUCUCAGAGAAUGACGACAGACUUUAUGGUUCUAACUUAUUCUGGAGUGGUGUGGCAAGUAGUCAUAGCAGAAAUUCUUGGGAAGCCCGAACAAGUAGUCUCCUUUUGGAUUGCCGGAAGAAACAUAAAGAAGCCAAAAGGAAGGUGAAAGCAAAUUAAUCAGUCAGCUUCAGUUUUGGAAUUGAAUGUGCAGACGGGUCACCAGAUUUCCAAAGAAAUUUGCCCAGAAAACUAUUCACUGACAAAGAAGAAAUUUCAUAGUGGAAAAAUAUUCAAAGCCUGGAUGAUGAUAUAUUAUUCUGAUUACCAUUUGUUUUGUGGAAAUCUUCAUGACUAUGUCCCCAAAUUAACUGAGCCAGUUGUGGUAACACACACCUGUGGCCUCAGCACUUUAGGACGGGAAGUAGGAGGAUCACUGAGCACUGGAGUUGUAGGUCACACUCAGCAAGAGCAGCACCCACGUCAGAGCAGCA